AGUGAGCUUAUAAAAAGCAUAUCUAUGCACACACUCUCCUUGGCCUCUCCUUCACCCUCUCCUCUCCUCUCCCGAAAAGGGAAUCUCAUCGUACCAUCUCCAUAUCCAACCGUAGAUCUCUCUCUUUCUCUGUCUCUCUCUUGUUCCGUCAACUUCUUUUUAUCACUUAAACCCAAAUUCAAACCCUAAAAGGAAAAGAAAAAAAAAAAACUGGUAACAAUUAACCAUGAUAAAAUCCUCAGCUGAACUUCCAGAUUGUUUCUAUCAAAACCAUCCAGUUCUAAUUUCCCCUAUUGUUCCAACCCCAAACCAUUCUCUAUAUCUCUCCAAUCUCGAUGAUCAAAAGUUCCUUAGAUUCUCCAUUAAAUAUCUUUACCUUUUCAAGAAAUCUGUUACUUCAGAUAUCUUGAAAUAUUCACUCUCCAAAGUUCUUGUUGACUACUACCCAUUAGCAGGAAGGUUAAGAACCAGUAGUGAUGAUGAUCAGAAACUAGAGGUCGAUUGCAAUGGAGAAGGUGCUGUUUUUGCUGAAGCUUUCAUGGAUAUCACUGCUGAACACUUUCUUGAACUUUCCAAGAAACCAAACAGGUCUUGGAGAAAAUUGCUUUAUAAAGUUGAAGCUCAAAGCUUCUUGGAUAUUCCUCCUCUUGUAGUUCAGGUAACGAAUCUACGGUGUGGAGGAAUGAUUCUAUGCACCGCCAUUAAUCACUGUUUAUGCGACGGUAUAGGGAGUUCUCAGUUCUUACAAGCGUGGGCCCACGUUACCACAAAACCGAAUCUUGAUCUCCCAUUCUCACCAUUCCAUUCUCGACACGUGUUGAAACCGCGAAAUCCCACACAAAUAACCUUCUCACAUCCGGGUUAUAUCAGAAAUGCCACUAACAAUUUCAAGGACGGUGAACCCAUGGGCCUUAACCAUUAUUUACAGUCUCAGCCACUGGUCCCAGCUUCUUUAACCUUUACCACCUCCCAUAUCCUGCACCUCAAGAGGCAGUGCGUCCCUUCUCUAAAGUGCACCACCUUCGAAACGCUGGCGUCGCACACGUGGCGCUCUUGGGUUAGAUCUUUAGACCUGUCACCUUCACUUAACGUCAAGCUCCUUUUCUCAGUUAACGUCAGGAAAAAGUUAACACCAGCAAUGCCGCAAGGGUACUAUGGGAAUGGAUUCGUGUUAGGGUGUGCCCAGACAGUUGUUAAGGAUUUGGUUACUAAUAAUUUGCAUCAUGGGGUUAAGUUGGUCCAACAAGCUAAAUCAAGUUUAAAUGAUGAUCAUGUGAGGUCCAUGAUUGAUUUGUUGGAGGAUAAAACGGUGAAAACAGAUCUUUCUGCGAGUUUGGUUAUUUCACAGUGGUCAAAGUUAGGCUUAGAGGAUUUAGAAUUCGGAGAAGGAAAGCCAUUGCAUAUGGGUCCUUUAACAAGUGAUAUUUACUGUUUGUUUUUACCAGUUAUCGGCGAUGUUGAUGCGGUCACCGUUCUCGUGUCGUUGCCGGAAAGUGUGGUUGGGAAGUUUGAGUAUUAUAUGAAGGAUGAUUUUUGGGAUAUAGAAGCCAAUGGGUUUCAUGUAGAGGAAAAUGGAUUGAUUUAAAAAAUAUAACAUGCAUAUAUAUUUGCCAUAGUUAUGUAUAUUUAUAUUGAUAUAUAAUUAUUCUACUUAAUAAGAAUACUGAUAGAUACUUAUGUUUGUCUA